AUGUUCGCGGUUCCAGGAUGGUCGGUCCCAACGUCUGCUCCUAAGCAGGAGACCGAAAAAUCGCAGGGUCCCAGCGAUUCCAAAUCAAAAGAUUCCUCGGCUCCAAAUGCGAAGAACAAGCGCAAGCGUGGCAAUGACAAUGUCAAUUCACGCAAUGUGGAUGAGAUGUAUCGGAAGCAUAUCGUGGGAGAGAAACCUAUCAAGCCAUGGCAGAAGGAGAAAAAAGAGAAGCGGAUCAAUGGAAACCCAGAGGGUGCCAAAGAUACUCAACCACCCAAGCCCUCCGACGAGAACGAGGACAUAGCAGGGCCCAAGAAGAAGCAGAAGAAGAACAAAAAGAACAAGACUCGAGAUCCUGUUACCACAGAUAAGGACACUGCGGCUAAAGAAAAUGCCCCUCCAGCAUCUUCAGAGGCAACAGCGUCCGCCAUCGAUUCUUUGGCGCCUCCCCCACCUACGUCUGCGACAUUGACUCCGCUGCAGCAAGCCAUGCGCCAGAAGCUUGUGUCCUCCCGAUUCCGCCAUUUGAACGAGACUCUGUAUACAACCGACUCCUCCAAGGCUGUCGAACUGUUUAACGCAAACCCAGAACUCUUCAGCGAAUACCACGCCGGUUUCGCCCGCCAAGUGAAAGAGUCCUGGCCGUCGAACCCGGUUGAUGGCUAUAUCCAGUUUGUUCGCCGUCGUGGCGCAGUUCCAGUCCCUAAGAGAGGUAGCAAGCCCCAACCGAACAGGCCUCAACCGCUUCCUCGCAGGCCAAAUGGGGCUUGCACAAUCGCUGAUCUGGGCUGUGGUGAUGCUGCCCUUGCACGCGCGCUGACGCCCUCCGCCAAGAAGCUGAACUUGAAGCUCCUCAGCUACGAUCUUCAAGCGCCCGAUCCAUUGAUCACCAAGGCUGAUAUAUCCAACCUUCCUGUCGAAGACGGAUCCGUGGAUGUUGCAAUCUUCUGUCUGAGUUUGAUGGGAACUAACUGGGUUUCCUUCGUUGAGGAAGCCUGGCGUGUUCUUCGAGGUGAUGGAAAGGGUGAGUGCUGGGUCAGUGAGGUCAAGAGUCGAUUUGGAAAGGUCAACCGCAAAAAGGCCCAGAUUGGAGCCCAAAAGCCGAUGAGCAAGUCUGAGCAGAAGAAACUGAAGCAGAAGAAGAAGACGCAAGACAAUGCUGAUUCUGAUCUGGAUGAUGCCGAGAUCUAUGCUGAAGAUGCUCGGCCAUCUGAUAACAAGGAUGAGACGGACAUUUCGGCAUUUGUCGAGGUUUUUCGCACGCGCGGAUUCGUUCUUCGGCCCGAGUCUGUCGACAAGUCGAAUAAGAUGUUCGUGAAAAUGGAGUUCGUGAAACAAGGUGGUGCUCCAACGAAGGGCAAGUAUGCUGGUGUCGCCGCGCCUACGGCUGGAAAGAAGCGUUUUGUUGAACGUAAGCCGGAGGCUGAUAGUGGUAUGUCGCCGGCAGAAGAAGCCCAAGUCUUAAAGCCCUGUGUGUACAAAAUUCGGUAG